AUGGUGAAACAGACGAUUCAGAUAUUCGCUCGCAUUAAACCCACCAAGAAAAAUGUGGCGGUGUACUCUGUGGACAAUGAGAACCAGACAGGUUCCUCUCUGGAGUUUUUUGUGCCCAAGGACCUGGCUGAUGGCUUUGUUAACAACAAGAGAGAGUGCUACAACUUCAGGUUCCAGAAAGUGUUCGAUCAGGUCGCCAAACAAGAAGAGAUAUUUGAAAACAUCGCCAAACCAGUUGCAGACAGUGUGUUGGCUGGCUAUAAUGGCACCAUAUUUGCAUACGGCCAGACGGGAAGCGGGAAGACCUUUACCAUCACAGGAGGGGCUGAGCGGUACAGUGAUCGUGGGAUUAUUCCUCGCACCCUUUCCUACCUAUAUGAACGGUUCAGCCAGGACAGCAGCAUGGUUUAUACCACACAUAUCUCUUAUCUGGAGAUCUACAAUGAGAUGGGAUACGACCUUCUGGAUUCCCGACAUGAAGCAUCUCGACUGGAAGACCUACCAAAAGUAAUGAUUAUGGAGGAUCAAGACCAAAACAUCCAUCUGAGGAACCUGUCCCUGCAGCAGUCAGUGAAUGAGGAGGAGGCUCUAAAUCUACUCUUCCUUGGUGACACCAAUCGUAUGAUCGCUGAAACUCCCAUGAACCAGGCGUCCACUCGUUCCCACUGUAUAUUCACUGUGCACCUAUGCAGGCGUGAGCCCGGUUCAGCCACCCUGCAGCGAUCCAAGCUCCACCUGGUGGAUCUGGCAGGAUCGGACCGAGUUAGCAAGACUGGUUUAAAUGGGCAGCUGCUCACCGAUGCAAAGUAUAUCAACCUCUCUCUCCAUUACCUGGAGCAGGUCAUCAUAGCACUGUCAGAGAAGAAUCGUUCCCAUAUUCCCUACAGAAACUCCAUGUUAACGUCUGUUCUGAGGGACAGUCUUGGGGGCAACUGCAUGACCACCAUGAUUGCCACUAUGGCAGUUGAGAGAAGGAACCUCGAGGAGUCCAUCUCGACGUGUCGCUUUGCACAGCGUGUGGCUGUCAUCAAGAACGAGGCGAUACUGAACGAGGAACUGGAUCCUGCGCUGCUGAUAGCAAGUUUGAAAAGAGAGAUCCUGUCACUUAAGGAGGAGCUGGCCAUGGUGACUGGAGAGCAGAGAGACGACCGACUAACUCCAGAGGAGAUCCAGAAAUUGGAGGAGCUUGUCAAGGCUUAUCUGGAUGAUCCCGAUCCAGAUGUGACACUGUCACUGGGACCAGACAUGAGAAAGAUCCAGUACUGCUUCUCCCUGCUAAAGGUAAUUAUUUGGGACAAAAAGGGAGGAAAAAACAGAUGCAGUGAUGACAAAGCAACACCAGCAGCAACAGUGAGGGAAGAAGAAAUUCAACACAGCCACCAAAGUGCAGGAGAGGUGGCCAAAUUAAAAGAGAUGCUCGGGCAACGUGAUAACGAGAUUAGCAUCCUAGUUAAGAUGUUGAAGAAGGAGAAAAAAAGAGCCCAGGAUGCUGCUGCUCAGCUUGCAAACAUCACCAACAGCCAGAGUCAGAGUACAUCGAGUGUGUCCACGGUGGAGCUGUCACAAGAAGGAAGUAUGGAGACCAUCUCAGCAGACCACAGAGGACGAGCUAUACAGUACAUGAAAAUAGGCCCCAAGCUGUCAAUGGGAAAACAAGAGGCCUUUGAGAUCUUCAUAAGAGACCAUGAAGAUCACCUAACCAUUGAAGACAACAAGAGUCUGCUGAAACAGAGAUCUGCAGAGGCCCGGAAACUUGGAGAGGAACUGAAUGAAGCCAGAAACAGAAUCACUGAACUGAAGAAGCAGCUGGAUGUGCGGAGGAGACAGAGGGCCGCUUAUGGUGUCAUGGAAAAUCACACAGGGUCUGAGGAGGAGUUUGACCCAGCUGAAGAAAACCUCUGCAAGCACAUUGAAGAAGAAAAAAAAGGUUACAAAAGCGUCGUUGGCCGUCUAAAAGCGCUGAGGACCGAGAUUGAGCAUCUGCAGCUGUUGUUGGAGAGGUCAAAGGUCAAGCUCCAGAAGGACUUCCAUAAGUGGUGGAGCCAGGAAGCUUCCAGUCUGCAGGAGUCUGAGUCAGAGUCUGCAACCCAAAGUCACACUGGGACACUGAACAGGACCAUACAGCCAUCUUCACCUCGAGCUCCGGGAUUUGGGGCUCUUGCUCUCAGCAGUACUGUGAGAGACUCGCCAGCAGGCCGACACCUGAAUCCAGAUCCUUCCAUCUCCUCUGUUCAGGAGCUCAGAAGUUUUACCCCUGAAAGCAAACCUCCAGCAUCAGCUGUGCCAGCGUGGCAGAAUAAGCCUGUGAACAGGAAGGUGACAGACUUCACCCCUUCUCCUGAGUGGAAGUAUGUGAAUCAGUGGCCUGGAACAAAGGAGUUCCUGACCCUCACCUCUGCCACCGUCUCAUCCUCCUCUAUUCCACUGACUGGAGACCAGCAAACUGAUGCUGACAUCCUGGCUUUUAUCAGGGCUAGGCAGAAUCUCGUCAGCAGGGCAGGUAACACACACAGAUACAGUCAUGCAAAAAAAACACCUUAA